UCGGGGGCCGCGGUACAAAGUUGGGAAGUCGGAGCGGAUUCCCCCCCCCCCACCGCCGGGAAUCCACCAGGCGAUCCAGCCCAUGGAGGCGGGCGGCCGCGGCCUGUGAUCACUCUCUGCUCUUUGUGGUGUUUAGCUGGGGGGGGGGCUGUGGUGAUGGACAUGGGGUCGGUCAGUGUCCAGCGGCGGUGCUGAGCUCCCGGCUCCAGGCCGCGUGUUCCCGCAGCUUCUUUGUCAGCCGCUCCCAGGCCGGUGCCCCCGUCCCCGGCUCCCGGAAUUCCCCUUCCCGCCGGGAGGGCAGGAGAGCGGCCCAGACGCGACCCCCCCAGCUACCUGCACCGAGCGGCCUGCUCCUUGCCCCGGGCUCCCACUAUGUACCCGCCGCUCCCGCUGUGCGCCCCGGCCCCGGCUCUGGCUCUGGCCCUGGCCCUUUCCCUGCUCUGCGGCUCCGCUCGCUCCCACAUCCACAGCCCGAGCUGCUCCGAACUGAUGAAAGUUUCCAGCCCGCGGGGCUCCGGCCACAGCAACAUCGCCCCGCAAGAGACCGAGGGAAAUCACCUGAAGGUGUGUUCUCAGCUCAACACGUGCUGUACCGCUGAAAUGGAGGAAAAACUCAGCCAGCAGGGUCAGCAAGAGUUUAGCAAAGCUGUGCUGGGCACCAGUAAUGGCCUACGGUUGACAUUUGCUUCGAGGUAUAAGAAGUUUGAUGAAUUCUUCAAGGAGCUGAUAGAAAAUGCAGAGAAAUCCUUGAAUGAUAUGUUUGUACGGACUUAUGGUCAACUAUAUAUGCAAAACUCGGAGGUAUUCCAGGACCUAUUUAAGGAGAUGAAGAGGUACUAUGUGGUUGGAAAUCUAAAUCUGGAGGACAUGCUGAGUGACUUCUGGGCUCGUCUCCUGGAGCGGAUGUUUCAGUUGGUGAACCCUCAGAAUCAUUUCACUGAAGAAUAUCUGGAAUGUGUUAGCAAAUAUACAGAGCAGCUGAAGCCAUUUGGAGACGUACCGCGUAAGCUGAAGCUUCAGGUGACGAGGGCAUUUAUUGCUGCUCGAACCUUUGCACAAGGUCUUGAUGUCGCACAAGAUGUAGUGAGCAAAGUCUCCACAGUCAAUCCAACAACAGAGUGUGCCAACGCACUGCUGAAGAUGACGUACUGUCCACAAUGUCAUGGGUUAAUUGCUCUUAAACCAUGUAAAAAUUACUGCCUCAAUGUCAUGAAGGGUUGCUUGGCCAAUCAGGCAGAUCUGGACACAGAGUGGAACAAUUUUAUUGAUGCGAUGUUGAUGGUUGCAGAGAGGUUGGAAGGACCAUUCAACAUUGAAUCAGUCAUGGACCCUAUUGAUGUUAAGAUUUCUGAUGCAAUAAUGAACAUGCAGGAGAACAGCAUGCAGAUCUCUCAAAAGGCAUUUCAAGGUUGUGGCAAACCAAAAUCUUGGUCAGCGAGCCGCUCAGGUCGAUCUGUGUCCGAUGGGUUUAAUGCUAGGUUCAGACCCUAUAGUCCUGAGGAGCGCCCUACAACAGCAGCUGGCACAAGCCUCGACAGACUGGUAACAGAUGUAAAAGAAAAACUUAAGAAGGCAAAGAAGUUUUGGUCGACCCUCCCAUACAGCUUGUGCAGUGAUAACAGCUCAGCAGGUGUAGUUGAGCAGAAUGACUGUUGGAAUGGAAGUAACAAGAGCAGGUAUACGUUUGCUGUGAUAGGCAAUGGCCUCGCCAACCAACUGAACAAUCCAGAUGUAAAAGUGGAUAUCACCAAACCAGAUAUGGUGAUUCGUCGGCAGAUAAUGGUACUGCGGACAAUGACUAAUAAAGUGAAGAAUGCUUAUGAUGGAAAUGAUGUGACCUUCCGUGAUACAAGUGACGAAAGCAGUGGUGAAGAAAGUGGAAGUGGCUGUUUUGGGUUGGAUUGUCAAUCGGAGUUUGAGUUCACGAGCACUGAUGCUCCUGUGCUCUUUGGCCCCAUAGAACCCAAGAAAAUUGCACCCAAUGACACUGCUCACUGCAAUGGCCCCUGUCAACUAAUCCUACUUAUUAGCUGUUUGAUAAUAGUCUUAGAGCAACAGUUAAGAUAAUCACACAAGUUGCUGAACAGAGUCUUUGCACAUGGCUUUUUUUAAACAAACUACUCUCAUGUAAACGAUUUGUGACUUUGACUUUCAUUUUAAACUUUAUUUUAAGGUCUCAACAAUGAUGUAUGGUUGCUGCUUCAAUUGUUUUCAGAUUGCCACUGGCAUCACUGUAUCUAAGUUGUGUUUAAUGACACAAUCCACCCACGUGAACACAGGGCUUUCCUACUUUAACAUAUGGGCCCCAAUGUAAAUGCAGACCUGUAAUUAGUGAAUCUUUAAUGCAUUUUUAAAAAUCUCAUUCUCAUUUUACCAUGUUGAAGAAAUCAGGACCCUGUACAAGAAAAUACAUCAGCCGAAUUUAACGCACCCCAUCAGCCAGGUGUGUGGUAUAUGGGGAUCCCAUCACUUCCACUUGAUUAAGUCCUGGCUGGGAACACUUAUGGAUGGCUUUCCCACCUGGAUGCUAAUUGAAGCCCUUAAGUGGACAAUUAGUGACCACUGAAAGGCUGGUAUUCAAGAAACAGUGGGCAGGGGAUUCGCCAUGCAGGGGGACCAACAAGCUAGCUCGGUCAGGUUUGCUUGCGGGCUUCCAGGAAGGGUCUUUCAUUGAAAGUCACUCGUGUCUGAUUGAAGGACCCAGCAUCAGGAAGGGGGCCCGCUUGGAGCCACCUCCUGUCCUUUCUUCCAACUCCCUUUCUCCCCCAUCCCCUCUCCCCACAAUCCCCAUCUCUCUCUCUCACUCACUUUGACCUAGCGUCCCUCUGAUGGGAGAGUUGCCACUGCUCCCAGUGGUUCUGACAUUAAUGGUGAGCUGCUGGCCCCUGAUUGGCUGGCAGUUCUUGGGUGUGAUUUCUGCCCCCGGGUCCUAAAUCCCAGGGAAGGCCCACAGUAGCCAUUAAAGUGCCUGAUGGGUACUUAAUUCCUUCACACCUUCCCCAACAGAGGCAAAGUGGGAUUCCUGCCAGUUCUCCAACCGGUGGACAAGACCCCUGUCAUCAAGAUUAAGUUCCACCCUCAACAAGUAAUUUCAUGGUGAAUAAAUGCACAGAAGCAAACUUACAUAUUUUGAAAUCACUAGCAAUAAUGUUACACCAAUUGAUGUACUUUUGUACAAAAGUACAUACUAUUUAGUUGAGGUUUUUUUAAUAUCUGCUAGACACCCAAUAUAAUUUUGUAGUUAUUUUGGUUAUAUAUAGUUGCACAACGAUUAGAGCUGUGAUUAGUGAGCCCUUUCAUAAAACAACAUGUUGCAGGCAUUUGGAGAUGGUUUUACCAGUGUUGGCAAGAGACUGCAGCACAGGCACCAGAACUUGGCCAACUAUUAAUGGUACUUGUUGACAUGUAGAGAAAUUGGAUUCCUUUUUUACAAGAGAUAAAUCUGGAAGUUAAAUUUUCAAAUUGAUGUCUUGUAAAAUCUGCCCAUGUGUUGAGUUUUACCACCUGCCUGAGUUGCUUCCUACAGUUUGACAGCCAGCAACAUCUUCCUGGAAUUUAUUUCUAACUGUAAAGCCUGAACACAAAUAUUGGUUCUGUUUUGAUUCCUGCUUUCAUUGUAAUGUUGAAUUUAUUUUUAUAUCAGAAUUUUAACUACUUGUAAUUGUUAGCUCAGGGUCAAUACAUUGAUUUCUAAAACUGUGUUCAAUAAUUUCAAUAGAUUUUUCAGUCAACAGAGACUGAUGGUACAUAUCUGCUGUUUAUAAAUCAUCCUAGGGGCUCUCAUUUAUCGGUAGCAACUGGUUGUUAAGUUUAAAUGUGAUUUUUUCUGUGAGAAUAGAUUGUAUAUAGCUGAGACACUGCUGAGUGAAUAGCUCAGCUAGCUGAAGGUGUAAUGAGGUUUGCUGUUCCAUAUAGAUGAAGUAGGAUUUAGUUCUUGUGCUCUGUAAGGCAAAGAACGAUUAUGUUUCAAAUAUCCAUUCAUUGGCUGAAAUUCAGCUAGAAGACCAGCAAAGUAAUGGCAUGGUUCUGAGGGACAGCCAACUCUCCAACUGACUGCUGCCUCAUGUGCUUAUCUCUCAAGACAAACUUGUAAAUUCUACUUUAUUCAUCUUGCAAAAGCCUGUUAUAAUUCCAGGAUUUAUAUUUUAUUGUUGAGACUAAUCAUUUUACAAAUUAUUGAUUUGUUAGUUUGGUUUUAAACAAAGUACAAAAUAUUCUUGAUGUAAGUUGUGGAACUUUUAUAGUAAUUGGCCUUCUAUUGAUGAUGGUACAGAACAUGUACAGUGGGAAAGGUCACUAUGGAAUGCAAAAGAUUCUUGAGUAAAUAUGUGUGAAUGUCAAAUUUGAUUGUUUGAGUUGUUGUACUAAAACCACAGAAUCCACAUCUGAAAUAUACAAAGCUUUCAUCUAGA